AUGGCGCCGCGGCCGCUGGGCCCCUUGGUGCUGGCGCUGGGCGGCGCUGUGGCAGUGCUUGGUUCGGUGUUCUUCAUCCUCUGGAAGACCUACUUCGGCCAUGGACGGGAGCGGCGCUGGGACCCGGGCGAGGCCUGGUGGGGCGCGGAGCCUGCCCGUCUUCCCGAGUGGGACGACUGGGACCCCGAGGAUGAGGAGGAUGAGGAGCCAGCGCUGGAGGAGCUGGAGCAGCGCGAGGUGCUGGUGGUGGGGCUGGACGGCUCUGGGAAGAGCACGUUUCUGCGCUUGCUGUCGGGGAGGCCAGCGCUGGAAGGCCACGUACCCACCUGGGGCUUCAAUUCUGUGCGGCUGCCCACCAAGGAUUUCGAAGUUGACGUGCUAGAAAUUGGUGGCAGCCAGAACCUGCGCUUCUACUGGAAGGAGUUUGUGAAUGAGGUGGAUGUACUGGUGUUUGUAGUGGACUCAGCAGACCGGAUGCGGCUGCCUUGGGCCAGGCAGGAGCUACACAAGCUGUUGGACAAGGACCCUGACCUGCCUGUCGUCGUGGUGGCCAACAAGCAGGACCUGAGCGAGGCCAUGAGUGUGGUGGAGCUGCAGCAGGAGCUGGGCCUGCAGGCUGUCGACAGCCAGAGGGAGAUUUUUCUCUUAGCAGCCAGCAUUGCCCCUGCAGGACCUGGUUUUGAAGAACCUGGCACUGUGCGCAUCUGGAAACUGCUCUUGGAACUUCUCUCCUAG